AUGGAAGGUAUUAUUCAAUUAUUUCAGGAAUUUGCGGAUAAUAUGUCCUUGGAAACAAGUGGACGAACGACGGAAUCUGAUGAAGUAUUCCAGCCAUUGUUAAUCAAAUUCCAACAAGCUCGCGAGAAUGAUGACAAUCAUCAAGAUCUUAUUCAUCAAACAAUACCAUUAUGUAAUGAAUUUAUCGACACAGUCGAGAAAGUAACUUUUACUCACAUGAAUGAUUUUCAAAAUUGCCUUGAAUUACUUCACCAUAUUGAAUCUAUUUUUCAAAUAAUGCUUUUCAUAGAAGAUGAAAAGCUUCUUACACGUGAGAUAUUAUUUGCAUCACUCGACUUACUUUCUAAACCACAAAUUCAUUCGUAUUUGAAUAAUGAUAAACAUACAAAACUACCACACAAAGAAGUUUAUAAAUGCAUAAACAAUCUACUUUUAAGUUUAGUUUAUAACAAAAUUACACUUGCUCCGUUUGUGAAUACCGAUAGUACUACACGGAAAUACACUGAUAUAUUUAGUGCAAUGUAUAAACGAGUGAAACGUGAUCUACAGUUUAGCAUUGACAUUGAACAGCUAACAGUUCCUGAUAAUCAGACAACAUGUUUUAUAUUAUCAUUCUUUUGGAAUCUGUCUGAUCGGACAGUUAUUGUUCCAUGGCUUCUUGGUAUUGGUCUGGUUGAAUCUAUGUUAGAAUGUUUGAAAAUUAUAGAAAUACCUUCAGAAACAGCUCAACAAAUUCUCAGCAUUAUUCAUAAUAUAUCUCGACAUGAUGAAGGUGCUGAUGAAAUCAAUAAAUUCGAUGGUCUUCUUAUUCUUAAAAAUAUUCAAAGCAAUAGUAGCGAAGCAUUAGACGAUUUAAAUAAUCUUCUCAUAUCCAUGGCGAUUGCUCUUCUCUCUACAUCCAAGCAAAUUCGUUCAGAUAAUAAACGAAUGAAUAAAAUUCUUAAUCAAUUAUUGCAAAUCACUAUACAAGCUGCUGAGACGGAAGAUCAUCGAGGUGAAUAUCGCUUCCAUGUAUCUGAACCGUUAACUGUGUUCAGCAAAUUGUUUGUUGAUGAUCACUCACUCGAGUAUGUUCUUAGUCAUGCAGAAACUGAUCCGCAACUUGAUAUAACAUCAACAAUUAACUUAUUUAUCAAUUUGUUCAUGAAAUUUCGAAAUGCAUUCACAGAGAAAAAUCAACUCGAACAAUUUACAUGCACAGCUCUAUUGAACAUUUUAUGGAGUAUUUCAUUUCAAGAUCGAUAUAAAACAAAGCUUCAGCAAAACAAAGAUUUCUUAAAUGCCAUCAAUAGUUUAGCUAUUGAUAAUGGUGAAAAAAUUGUCGAUGAAUAUGUUUCACGCUCAAUGGAAAGUAUGACAAAAGCUGCUAACGGUAUUCUCUACAAUCUUAAUGAAAUAUCCGAUGGGAGAAAAACUGAUAUCGUAGAUUGUCACUUAGUCUCUAAUUCUGGUGGUGAAAAACCAAUGAUCAUGAUUAGCUAUGCUCAUGGUAACAAUCCAUUUUGUGAUAAACUUCUUGCUGAACUCGGGAAAAAAAGAAAUCUGUUUGGAAUUUGGAUCGAUCGAGAUCAUUGCUCGUCGAAUGAAGAUUUAUGGGAAAAAAUUGCUCUUGGAAUAAAACAAUCAAAUCUUAUUCUAUGUCUUCUUUCACAAGACUAUUACAAUAGUAAGUCAUGCCGUAAAGAAGCUACUUUUGCAACCAAACGCAAAAAGUCAAUCAUUCCUGUCUAUAUCGGUGAACCAGGUGAUUGUGAUUGGCUUGACAUUCACAUUGCUGAAUUGAAAUAUGUUCGUUUUAAAAACAAUACUGAAAAACUUGACCAAAGCAAAGUUCAAGAACUUUUCAAAACCAUUGAAGCUACUAUAAAAGCAACACAAACACAACCUCUAGAACAAUCAACAGAACAACAUACGAUACCGACACGAUCUCAAAAAGAAACUGAAAUAAUCAAAUCGACUACUUUCGAUGUUAACAAGCCUCUUGAGCAAUGGGUAGUUGAUGAUAUUCAUGCAUGGUUUAAUAGUCACAAAGUUCCUGAUACUCUUGUGAAUUUAUAUGAUUUUCAAUCAGUUACUGAGAUACACAAAUAUGCUUUGAAGCUACGCAAAGAUUCGAAAAAAGAAUUUAUCAAAUAUGAGCAAAAAUAUGCUAAAUAUCACUCAGGAGAAGAACUUGAAGAAUACAUGUUUAACCGAUUUGAAAAUGCUAUUCUCAAUCUACCAAAUAGUCAAAAUGAAACAGUGAAAACAUCAAUAUCUUCUUCUCAGACAUCAAGACCCAAAUCGAGUGCUUGUACUAUUUCAUAA